CGUCCCGACGGCCACGGCAAGUUGUUACACAUUCUCUGUCGCCUCCUCUCUUCUCUUCUGUUCUGUUCAAUCGCCAUCUGAACUGAACUGAAUGAUGUGUUUCAGCUAGCUGUGCGCGAGUGUGUGUGUCUAUUUUCCUGCUCUUCUGCGGUGCCAAAAGGCAAGAACAGUACAUUGACAGGAGCACCUUGGAGUGGAGAGGAUAGCAAGCGACCGAUAAGCGGGAGCGAUAGCCAGCCAGCAAACCUAGAAAGCCGGGCGCGGAGCAGAAGCAGCAGCCAACGUCCUGGGCGCAACGAUACAACCAGCGAGCAUCAUUAGCAGCCAGGCAGAUCCAGGCAGGAUCCGCACACGAACACGCACAUCAAGAUGUCCAACGGCAAGGCGACAGUGUCGUUCUUCGAGAACGGUAGCACCACACAGUUCGAGUACUGCUACCAAAUGUACCCGCAGGUGCUCAAGCUGAAGGCGGAGAAGCGUUCCAAGAAGCCACAGGAGCUGAUCCGGCUGGACCAGUGGUAUCAGAAUGAACUGCCCAAGCUCAUCAAGGCGCGCGGCAAGGACGCGCACAUGGUGUAUGACGAGCUGGUGCAGACCAUGAAGUGGAAGCAGACGCGCGGCAAGUUCUAUCCGCAGCUCUCCUAUCUCGUCAAGGUCAACACACCGCGUGCCGUCAUCGCGGAGACGAAAAAGGCCUUCCGCAAGCUGCCCAAUCUGGAGCAGGCGAUCACAGCUUUAUCGAACCUCAAGGGCGUCGGCACUACCAUGGCCUCCGCCCUGCUUGCGGCCGCUGCACCCGACUCAGCCCCCUUUAUGGCAGACGAGUGCCUAAUGGCCAUACCGGGAAUCGAGGGCAUUGACUAUACCACCAAGGAGUACCUCAACUUCGUCAACCACAUCCAGGCCACAGUGGAGCGCCUCAAUGCGGAGGUGGGCGGUGAGACGCCGCACUGGUCGCCGCAUCGCGUAGAGCUGGCUCUCUGGUCGCACUACGUGGCCAAUGACCUCAGUCCCGAGAUGCUCGACGAUAUGCCGCCGCCGGGAGCCGGUGCAGCGGCUGGCAACGCCACCGGGACCGCAACACUCAGCACAAACGGCAGCAGCAAGGUGCUCGACGGUGAUGACACCAACGACGGCGUGGCCGUCGAUUUGGACGACGAGAGCCUGGGGGCAGGCGGCCGCAACACUGCUACAGAAUCGGAGACGGAGAACGAAAACACCAAUCCGGCUGCACUGACGCCGCUGCAGGUCGGUGAGGGCAAGAGCCACAGCAAUGCCGUUGGUGUGGGCGCCGCUCUGCAGGAUGGCGACUCUAACUUCGUGUCGAAUGAUUCCACCUCCCAGGAGCCAAUUAUUGACGACAACGAUGGCACCACACAGACAACGGCUACUACGUCCACAGAGGAUGGUGAACCGAUAGCCAUGAGCAUUGGCAUCGGCAUUGGAAUCGGCCUGGGCGGCACACCCCUUGCCUCCGAUUCAGAGAGCAACCUUGAGGCGCCGCCGAAGAGCAACAGUCUGACCGACUUGACUCCUGCACAGCCCACGACCCAGAAUCCGAUUCCGACACAGACACAGACGCCGAGCCAGUCCCACAAUAAUAACAAGCAGAUAACCAACAAUGGACAGGCCGUUCCUCCAGCACCAGUAGCAGUAGAAGCAUCAGCACCAGCAUCAGCAGCGGGAACAGCUGCAGCAGCCACAUCACCACAGCCCGCAAACAAAACGGGACAGACUGCCGCAGCCAAUGGUAAUGGCAAUGGCAACGGCGUCCUGGCCGACGAUGAGGAGGGAGAGGCGGAGGACGAAGAGGAGGAAGAACUGGACGAGGAUGAAGAGAAUGAGGCGGAGCUCGAGGCAGACGAGAGCAACAGCAGCAACAGCAUCGCGAGGGAUAGCAAACUGCAACAGCUGGCGACGAACAAAGCGGCAGAGACGGUGGCGUCAGCGGGAGCCACCGAUCCGGCGCCAGCCAUCGGCCAGAAGCGCACAGCCCUGCACUGUGAGAUGGAGCUGAAUAAUGCCGGUGGAGGAGUUAAUGUAGGUGUCGGCGUUGGAGUUGGUGAGAAGUCGCCGGAGUUAAAGAAACUGCGCAGCGAAUGAGGCGGAGGCGAGGAUACGAAAACGGAUACGAAUACGGUAGCCAAAACGGAAACGGAAACUGAAACGGGGAUCGGUUCGCUUUGGUUCGGCUCGCCGCGUAUCCGGUGGAAAGACAUAUGUAUGUAGUGCAGUUGAGUCGACAUAGAGACAUAGAGCAACAUUACCUACACUUUACCACAACAACAUUCAAGAAAUUGUACUAUUAAGCAACUAAUUAUACAUACAUAUAAUAUAUUAUAUAUAUAUAUACAACAUAUAACGAGACGCAAACACACCCCCACACACAACACAACACCCUCAUACACGCCACACAACGCCACAUAGAGAACAGAACAGACAGAUCAAAGCAAAUGAGAAUAGGAGAUCCCGAUCCAGCAGGCAAAACCACAGAGACAUUUUAAUAGCAUAGGAAGGAAGGAAGGAAGCGCGCCAAGAUAAAGAAUUUGAAUCUGAAUCCGAAUCAGAGUCAUAAGAAACAGAAGAAUCCGAUCACGAAACCAAGCAGAGAGUUCAGAAUGCAGCGUUAACGUAACGUAAUAUUAUAAUUGAAAC